AUGACAACACCCAUUGAAGUCGAUGCCCUCGUCGUAGGAGCUGGUUUUGGCGGUAUCUACGCAACAUACCGCCUAAGCCGUAUGCAACCGCGGAUGAAAGUCCAAACCAUUGACAUGGCUGGCGAUGUCGGGGGAACAUGGUACUGGAACAGGUAUCCUGGUGCCAUGAGUGACACAGAAAGCUACCUGUAUCGAUACUCCUGGGACAAGGACGACCUGAAGACGUACCCUUGGUCGCAACACUACGUCUACCAGCCCGAGAUCCUAAGGUACCUGCAGCACGUUGUAGAGAAGCAUGAUUUGCGAAAGUACAUGUUGUUCAACUGCGAAAUGCAGUCGGCGUCGUGGGACGAAACCCUAGAGCGCUGGCGGGUUGAGUGCUCCUCCACGGGAAUCAACUCCACAGGGACCGUCUACCACGCUCGAUACCUCGUCAACUCUCUAGGGGUCCUGUCCAAGGCGAAUUAUCCAGACAUACCUGGCCUGAGAAGUUACGACGGCAUCACAUGUCACACAGCAAAGUGGGAUAACAACAUUGAGCUAAAGGGAAAGAAGGUUGGCAUCAUCGGCAGCGGUUCCACCGGUGUCCAAGUUAUGACGGCAAUUGCGCCCAUCGUCGGAAAACUGACUCUAUUCCAACGACGCGCACAAUACUCGGUGCCCAGUGGACAAGGACCAGUGGACCCUAGCUACCGGCAAAAAAUCAACGCAGACUAUGACAAGAUCUGGGACAACGUCUGGUCGUCGUCUGUCGGAUUCGGAGUCCCGGAGUCAACUCGCAAGACGAUGGACGCAACGCCCGAAGAGAGAAAGCAGGCCUUUGAGGAGGUGUGGUCUCGGGGCAACGGGUUCCGCUUCAUGUUUAGUGCCCUUCGCGAUUUAGUCACCGACGAGGAGGCCAACAAUGCUGCCUGCGACUUUAUACGCGGCAAAAUCGACGAGAUCGUCACGGACCCUCGCAAGGCGCACAUCUUGAAGCCCCAGGAACUGUACGCCCGACGCCCGCUCUGCGACUUUGGAUACUACCAAAUCUUCAACCGCGACAACGUCGACAUUGUUGACCUCCAGGCCAACGCCAUCAUUCGUCUAGUCCCCCAAGGCGUUGAGCUGGCCGACGGCACCGUCCACGACGUCGACGUCCUUAUCUUCGCCACGGGUUUCGAGGCAGUCGACGGCAGCUACACGAGAAUCCGCGGCGGGGUGACUGGCCGGAACGGCAGGACACUGAAAGACCACUGGAGUGACGGUAGCAGAGCCUACGGUGCCGUCACUUGCGCCGGGUUCCCCAACAUGUUUCUCAUUUCUGGACCGCAGAGCCCCUUUGCCAAUUUCCCUCCAGUCGUGGAGUGCGAAGUUAACUUCAUCAUGUCGGUGAUACAGCAUGCCGAGGGCGUUGUCCAACAGACAAAAUCAGAAAAAGAUGACGAGGCUGGCAAGCUGGGCGACGGACCGAUUCAAAGUCCACGUAGGCGUGCAAUCAUGGAGGCAAAGGAGGAAGCCGAGGCGGAUUGGGUGGAGCUGUGCAACAGCAUGUUGAAAGGGUCAUUGUUCGCCAAAACUCCAAGCUGGAUUCUGGGCCAGAACAUUCCCGGGAAGAAGACGAACACCAACUUCUACUUUGCCGGCCUGCGUCCAUAUCUAAAGUGGGCUGAUGAGGAGGCCUCGGCAGGGUUUCCCGGGUUCACCGAGUCUGCGGUGCAGGGAGACGUCGUCGCCCGCUUGUGA